AUGAAGGAAAGCAUUCUGAGACCGGAUGACUUCUUUGCAGCGCUUGCGAACCUCCCAGAACCCAGCAAGCCAGAGUGCAUUGGUAUGGACAAGCUCCACAGUGUGGCGAGCAAUCAGCCCGAGGAGCUUCUAGAUGAAGAGCUCUGCAGCCCAGAGUGGGAAGCUGGCGAUGCAGUCAAGGAAGAGAAGAAGCCGACGUUCACCCUGCGAACUUACACCCGCUCCACGACAGGCUCGGCGGAGCUGGAUGAAAUUUCGGAUGUCAACUCUGCGGAGCUUGUGGAAGCAGGCAGAAAGUCCUUCAACUCCUACUUAUCGUGUAGUCCUGAAGGCGACGAUAGCCCCGGCCUUCAACCCAAUCGACUUACGCACGACUACCACAAUCACCGCAUGAGGAUCUUCCUAACU